UCCGUUAUUGGAAUUAUAUUUUUGUCGAAUUUUUUGCUAUAACUUUGCCGUUGUUUUUGUCCAACACUGAUAUAAAUAUUCGAAUUCUAGAAGAAUACUGUAGGAGCAGGACACAAAAAUUGUUUUCAUAAUAUACAAGCAAUGUGUUAGAAUUCGAACGUAUUUAGAACUUGUAUAAAGGUUAGAUUCAUGAUGUUCUAAAGCAAUUAGUACUAUUACGGCAGCCCAAAAGAACAGGACGAUAGAAUAAUUUUCAACAGAAUAAUGAAAGUACCAGAGGUGGAGAUUGAAAAUCUUAGCUCGGCGCUCUCAUGUAUCCGGGAACACUUGCCGGAGGGGCUAAUUUGCGAAGAGGUUACAAUAUCGAUGGAUGUAUACAAGGCUAGCUGGUCAGCGCUAUGUAUCGCUACAGAUGCUUUCCCGACACCGAAGGAUGUGAGAAAUUCUAUCGCAGUAAAACGACUUUUGCAAAUGAGCUUCGGAAAAUUUGGCGUAGUGAGGAGGGUACGAAUCACCAUUCAGAAGCAACCGGAUGGGGAUGUAUCGUACAAGUGGCAGUUGUUAAUAGAUCCACGACAGUCUAGACCUAAGGCAUUCGGUGUGUACAUACAGGAUACGUUGCAGCACUAUUUCGAAUCCACCUCGGAUCAGAUAAAUAACUAGCUCGAAGCUUCUACCAUCUGACGAAAUUAACACAGAUAUAAAUUAUAUGUAAAAUAAUCUUGCAGCCUGAUAGAGAUAGUAACUUUUUACGACUACUUGGCUAUAGCUGUUGUAAGUUUGACAGAACAACGAAUGAUUUUAAAGGCUGACUAAGUAAAAAUGAAUAUCUUAGAUUAUAUUUUAUAUGACUGAUUUUUUUCAUAAUAUGAAUGCUAUUUUAACAUCUUUUGCACGACGUUUUUUAACAUCUUUCAAGAAUGAAUAUAUUGCGAAU